ACAAAAAUGAAGAUAAACACGAGAGAUGACCAAGCAAACAAGCAGUAGUAAGAAUCAGCAGAGUAAAAAUACACGUUCAAAAUGGCGUCGGAAGUUGCAUCGGAUGAAAUUCAAUUUAGAAACCUUCUCAAAACAUGCCAUAGUUACGAUUGAUGAUGAACAGCACUUUUCUGUUAAGUGCUAUGGCUAUUAUGGGGCAUUUUGCGAAAAAAAAAACGUACUUAGAAAAGCUGUGAAACAAUUUAUCGAACUUUGUAAUAAUAUUGGCUCAACAUGCACACCUAGACGUAAUAUCUCACAGACAACUGCUGUCAAGUUCCUUUAUGCACGCAAAUUUGAUGUCCCCCGGGCUGUGUCACUGUAUGAACAACAUGAACAGAUACGUCUCAAGGAGGGGCUCUAUAAUAUUGAUCCGGAUGUUGAACCAUUACGUUCAGAGUUGCAAACGGGCAAAUUCACAAUAUUGUCUGCCCGAGAUUCCAGUGGUGCUGCCAUAGCCCUCUUCACCGCCAACAAACACAGUCCCUUGUGCGUCACACACACAACGACACUGCAGGGAAUUGUGUAUCAACUGGAUUGCGCUUUACAGGAUACAGAAACACAAAAGGCUGGUCUAGUGUUUAUCUACGAUAUGAGCGGCUCAAAGUAUUCAAAUUUCGAUUAUGAUUUAUCUCAGAAAAUUUUGACAUUACUUAAGGGUGGCUAUCCAGCACGACUGAAAAAAGUUUUAAUUGUUACGGCACCCCUGUGGUUUAAGGCUCCCUUCAAAAUUUUGCGCCUAUUUGUGCGAGAGAAAUUGCGCGAACGCGUUUUCACUGUAUCAGUGCCUACGCUGAGCCUACACGUGCCACGCAGAGCAUUGCCCAUACAUCUCGGCGGUACACUGGAAAUUGAGCAUAACACAUGGUUGCUGCAUUGCCGCAAAUCGAUGACGAAUCGUGAAGACGAGUUGCUCGCCAACAUUGGUGGUUUGUCAGCGGCAACAGCGGCGACAGCGGCAGCAAAUCAAAACAGUUUGAGCAACCAAUCACACAUCACAAACACCGUCGGAGUGGUGGCAAACGGCGAUUGUCAACGUUUUCUGGCGGAACCCAACGAAAAUAUCACAAACCACAGCAACAACACAUCAACAACAACUGCAGCAACAGCAUCACCAACAUCACUGUUAAACGGACAUCAUAAUAAUUCUAGUAGCAUCGCAGCCGCGCCAUUAGUGCCAAUUGCCAACAAUUUAAAUAAUCUAAACAACAGUACGUCACCCAAUAACGCCAAAUUGUUGGCGGUGGGUCUAGCUAACGGCGGCCUUGUCGCCGGCACCAUUGUCAACGGUGAUCUAGUGCAUACGGCAACGUCGCCGUCGUCCUCCUCCGCUUCCUCCACGCCCUUGGUGGUGAACGGCAUCGUUACGGGUAUCAGCGCCUUAAGUGGUAGUGCCACUGCUGGUUCCGGUGGUGGUGGCGGCGGUGUUGUUGUUGGCCAAACAACACCGACAAACAACACAUCAGCGACAAAUAACACAGCAACAGCAGCAGGAACAACAACAACAACGGGUCUCAGUGAUUUCUGGACAGAGAACCCACCAAGUAGUGCCUCGUCGGGAUUCAGUGAUGACGACAGUCUGGCUGGCCAAGAGGGUGAUCCGAAAACAAUUGAACAAAUUGUUCAAAUGGUAAAGACACGGGGGCGUCAGGGUCUGGUGAAAGAAUAUGCCGAAAUCCGCAGUCGAGCCCCGGAUGGCACGUUUCUACAUGCCAGAAUGCGCAAUAACGUGACCAAAAAUCGCUACACAGAUGUUCUUUGUUAUGACCACAGUCGAGUUGUUCUAUCCCGAGUCGGUGGUGAUGAGGUAUCGGAUUAUAUAAAUGCCAAUUUUGUAGAUGGUUACAAACAGAAAAAUGCAUACAUUUCAACUCAAGGCCCAUUACCAAAGACAUCCCAAGAUUUCUGGCGCAUGAUCUGGGAGCAACAUUGUUUAGUUAUAGUUAUGACAACACGUGUUAUGGAACGUGGACGCGUUAAAUGCGGUCAAUAUUGGGAACCAGCCGAAAAUAGUUCCUUAGAAUUUGGAAAUUUCCAUGUGCGAACACUUAGUAUAGAAACUAAUGAAGAUUAUACAGUAGCCUCAUUAGAAUUGAGAAAUACAAAGACUGAUGAAGUAAGAAAUGUAUCACAUUGGCAAUUUACCAGCUGGCCCGAUUAUGGUGUGCCUAGUUCUGCUAUGGCCAUGAUAACAUUUUUACAAAAAGUACGCGAGAAACAGGCUCAAAUGGUACAGGCGCUGGGUGAUACAUGGGCUGGACAUCCUAGAGGACCCCCAAUUGUUGUACAUUGCAGUGCGGGUAUAGGAAGAACAGGUACAUUUAUAACUUUGGACAUUUGCAUAUCUCGUCUCGAGGAUGUUGGUACGGCCGAUAUACGUGGAACUGUGGAAAAGAUACGUGCUCAACGUGCAUAUUCAAUACAAAUGCCCGAUCAAUAUGUAUUUUGUCAUUUAGCGUUAAUUGAAUAUGCGAUCUCAAGGGGAAUGUUAAAGGCUGUCGAUCUGGAGGGUUUCGAUGACAGAGAAGAUGAUUCCGAAUAAAAUGGGAAAUAGUAACAACAAAAACAACCAACUAACAACAAUAAUUACAACAACCAACAAAUAUAUAAUUUGUUUUUAAUUCAAAGAAGGCCAACACUACCAACUACACCACCAAAAUCCUGUCAACAAAACAAACGGAAACCAUAAAAUGAAAUCCACAACAAUUUUAAACAAAAAAAGAGUGUUUUUCUCUUUUUUCAAUACCUAAAACAAAGAAACACAGGAAGACAGAUCAACCUACCUAAAAGAUAUGAUAUUUGUAAAACUGUGAAAUAGUUUCAUUCAGUUUCAUCUUUAGGUAAUACAAAAAAAAAACAACCACAAGCCCCCUACUACUAAGUUUGUUAUUAUGGUAUUUUGUUUUUCUCAAUACAAAAUCAUUUUUUUUAUAGUAAAAAACAAAGAAAAACCUGGAAAACCAACUCCCUACUACUUCUACCACUACACACCCACACACACACACACACUACGAAAUAGUUUACAAUCAAUUAAUUUUUUGUUAUUUAUUAAAAAAAAAAGAAAAAAUAAAUAUAUGUAUGUAUUAUUGUAAUGUAAACACAGAAAUAAAAAAAGUCUAAACAAAAAUAAUCCAUAGCUAUUAGUUUUGGGCCCCAUUAUAAAGGACGAUUCGUUCAUCCCAACAAGAAGUUUUGAAAGCGUAGUAACAAACCAUAUUUUUUUUUACUUUCGAUGACAGAUAGAAGGACACUAUUGAGAAUAGCCGCCAUCAAUUAAUAAUAAGGCAUAUAUAAGUUAUACAAUCAAACAAACAACAACAACUACAACAACAAGAACCUUAAUCUGUUUUCACAUGUUUUUAUGUAAUUUGUGGAUAAUAAUUUAUAUAUGUAAAGAAAACAAAAAAACAAACAAAACAAAGGACAAUUUUUAUAAAACAAAAACAGCAAACAGCCAAGCCGAUUAGAAGAAAACCCAUAUUUGCGUAGUUUUUAGAUCAGUGAUUUGUAGAUGAAACAAGAGAACCAACAUUAACAGUAACAACCAACGUAGAUUCUUAUGUUAAUUUUUUUAAUUUAAUUUUUUUUUUUAAUCAUUAAUGUUUUUUUCUGUUUAACUAUUGCUAUUAUUACAAAUUACAAAAAAAAAAAUAUAUAUAUAUAUAUUAUUUAAAUCGUAAUGGAAAAAACCCCAAUACCCAUACUUGUUGUCAUUAAAACCAUCAAAUGUGUGGCAAAACAAAAACAAAAAAAAAACAACUGGAAAAGAGAAUGAAUGCGGUUAAACAAGCGAUGAUGAAGAGUAUGAAUGUUAAUUAUAACGCUAAAUUUAAAUUAAAAUAAUGAUAAUAUUAUCUAUAUAUAUAUAUAUAAAUAUAUUAUACAUAACUUAAUAUAAACGAAAUAAAAUAAAUUUAAUUAUA